UGAGACGAGAUUAAUGCAACCUGACGUACGAUUCAGGUAACUCAAAUUUGUUACAAUAGUUGAUCAACGACCAUGAGUUGGAUAAGUUGUUUUGCUAUUUUGUGUUGGUUUAUAUAACUUAUACACACAAAAUGACUGAAUUAUUGUUGUUCCCUGUGUUAAAUGUCUUAAUUGUUACUCUCCUGUUGAUAGUUUAUCCAAACUGUCAGUGUAGUUUUGAUACUUUUCUUCCUAAAUCGCAAAUCACCAAUAAUAGGGUUUCUGUUGGAUAUUUAACUCCCGAAAAAUGCAAUCGCAGUGACCGCACGAGACUGAUUUGCAAACUCUUAUCAAAAUCUAAGAAAUUUAAAACUAUUGACAAAUAUGCACCGAAAACUGGUCAUUUCAAAAUAGAAACAAAACCAUUUAAUAAUAUUAAGAAACGUAGAGGUUUAUUGGACACUUAUGACUACGACGACGACGAUCAUCACUCCAGGGUAUUUACCGGUAGAAAUUCUGAUAAUUUUGUGGAUAGUGACGAGGAUACAAAUAGCUUCAAUGUCCCUGAGGAUAUUUUCAAAAUUUACGAAUUUCCAUCUCUUACAAAACACAACCAAAAGUAUUUGAGAAUCCCGAGGCUUCGUCAAUUGAGACCAUUUAAAAUGAAAAAGGUUCGCAACAUAGUGUGGCCCAAAGUUUUGAAAGUGAGAAACAAGCUUGCUGAAAUGCCGCUAGCAGUUUCUGGAAUUCCCUUAUUUUGGACCUUGGGAGUCGCCCUGAUGUUGAAGCAUCAACUGAAGAAAGGACAAGUAACUGAUAUACCGAUACCGCAAAAGUUUCCUCUUCUGGAUUCUGGCAAGCUACCGAAAAUUGUAAAAGAAAGAAAUGCAACCGCUGAAAGAGAGAAAUUUCAGUUGACGAAAGAAAUAAUUUCGCUCACUGGUGAAAGUUUGAACCUUGCAGCGAAUAAAAUUGAUUUCAUCAACGUCUUAGCUCGAACUCUGCAGCCAGUCAAUAUUGGGUCAUUCCUAGCAGCACAAAGAUUGAAAGUGAAUUCCACGCUGCUCAACAAUGUGAAAAACUUUAGAGGAAACGAAGGGAAUUUGACAAACCUGGUUGGAGAAUUUGUCAGAGAAAUUGCAAAUCAAGCUGUUCGGAAUGUCACUGAGAAUAUGAGUGUAGGAUAAUUAAACUAAAUAUGUACAGUCGGAUUCGGCUGAAAUGUUGUAUACGUGACAAGAUCUCAGAGGACGUACCAUAUAUGCACAGACAUAAUAAAUUUAAAUUGUAGUCUUUAAAUUUUGGGCGUAGCGUAAAUGAGAACUUUGUAUUUUUUAGAAGUUUAAAUUUGAAGUUGAUACAUACAUACACGGAUUUUUAUGCGUACCAGUUUUUGUCGCCCAAGGAGUAUUUUCAAAAUAAAAAUUUUAAUAACUCAGCUAUCAAUCCAA